CAGAUUGCUUGGUCUUCACCAACAAGGUAUUAUAGGAAAGUCAGAGAAUACUCAAACAUCCUGCUUCUACCAAUGCUGACUCGAACCAUAGUGUAAAGAUAGAUGCUUGAGUAGGCUAUCAGUAUCAUCGGGAAUAGUGCGGAGGACACCGAGCUUGCGUAGGGCUUGGAAUAGUAUCACCUAGAUCCCCCCUAGUCUAGGAAGUAAAGGGUAAGCAUCACUAGUGAGCAUUAGUGGCUCUUAGCCUAAUAGUACACAUGCAUGUCUUCCCCACUUCAUUAUACGGCUAUAUUCGGGACUUUCAUUGACAUCCUCUCCGAGAUUUCAUACCACACUGAUGAAAACGUCAGCAAAUAAGUCUAGCAUGUUCUACAACCAUUAACCGGGGCCGGAGAUUAACCGCUAACCGAGGAGUCAUCCUUGUUGAAGUCUUUCAGGUAUACUGCGUCAAUUUUUCAUCGAAAAGCAGAAUUUUGAAAGGAGGACAGCUUGGGGAGGAACGUUGCGCUUCGUGGACUACUGCCAUCCAUUGCCUGAACCUUAUACUCGGCUAUUUUAUACUCACUUGAUCAUAUGUUCUCAAGUGUGUUUAUCAUAUCCCAUCAAAAACCCUGGAUCUUCAACUAACCCAUCUCCACCAUCACCAUAGUACUUUACAAAGAUCUCCAGCGACGCCAGGUCAUAGGAGUCCCGGACAGGCUCUCCCGCGCCACAAUCCUAGAAGCCUUCCACAACCAUGACCUAAUGAUCAGAUCGCUCUACCCGGGGUCUCGCAUCAAGGAGAGCACCUCUGUUAGUUCAAACUAUACAAAGUUCUCAUCGCUAGACCCUAAGUCGAACGUCACCACUGUCUGUACUCUAACUAGUCUCGAAGACGGCAUUGGCAUAGUCGUAGACUUGGGGCUAGGGAUGGAAAUCAACUGCCGCUGGACUGCUUAUAAUCGUUCCGAGAAUCCACCAUCGUGUGAGAGUAUGGCUUUAACAGGCGAUAUUGUGCCCAUAGGCCCAGUAUAUCUUCUUGAAGAGGUGGUUUUUCAUAUUAUGAGACCAUUUGAGAGGUUUGCGAGGAAUGAUCGCCAGCAAAGUCAUGCGACGGAGGGUAUUCUUAGGUUACUGCAGAGAUUAAAAAGCGGGGAAGUGUCUGAUGAUAAGCUGGCUGCUGAGGGGGUUGAAAGUGAGGUUGAUAGUAUGGUGAGGGAUGUGAAACCGAAAAGGGAAUAAUGUUUGUUCAAUAUAUACCACAGGCUCUUUUUCAGCUGUUAUCGUAAAAGUCAAUAAAACCAUCAACCUUUCAAGCCAACGAUAUCUCUAUAAUUCAUAUAUUAAAGAAGGAACAAAGACAAUGCUUUACUAUCA